CCGACACAUUUAUAUAUUAUAUUAUUUAUAUUAAUAUUAUUGUAUAAAGUAUAAUGCAGACAGCAGACAGCAGUACACACUAUACACACACACAGAUACAUCGUAAUCGCGCGUGUUUGUUUUAUUCCCUGUAUUAAUACCAUCAAAUUAUUACAUUUCAAAAUAAUACGAUUUAUUUCUGCACAAUAAUCAGUUACGGUGUCACGGUGACGAACUGACGACGAUGUUACAUUUUGUUAUGUUCAAUAUUGAAUAGACGAAAUCUAUUUUUAUGUUUUGUCACAAAAUUAUUAUUUUUAUUUGGAAAUUACGUAAUACGACUAUAAUAUCGUUGCGUUGGAAUACCGAUUAGCCGAUUAACUGAUAUAAUAAAAUACCCAACUAAUAACUAUAAUAAUAAAUAAUAAUAGACUGUGCUUUUACAUCAAUACACAUAAUAAUAUAUUAUUAUCACUCCUACAGUCCUACAGACAGAGCUCUCACUCUCUCAGCUCAUGCCUCAUUGCCUCAUUAUUUUGUAGACCAGUCAACAGUACUGACUUCUGAACUAUUGACGCACAUGUCACAUUAUUGUUACACUCGUCAAGUCAAAAGUCUCCAAGUCACAUUAUUGUUACAAUCGUCAAGUCACAGGCACAGCUACGCAACCACGACGUACACGGACCUAAAAUGGAUACAUCCUAUUCUAUUGUUCAUUUUUUCGAUGAUGAAACAGUUGAAGCAAUUCCAUCAUUUUGGAUAAAAGGCAAGUUUUGUGCCUGGCCCAAAAAUAAUCUUUUCAUAAAAAAGUUUAUAGAAAAAAAAAUGGGAGUAAACGAAAAAGAAUUUAAACUUCUAAAAGCUAGAGUACUUUCUAGAGGCAUAAAAACUCUCGAACAUGCAAGGAAAUUGGCUGAAGAAGCUAGAUAUAGAUCAGAUUUUUCUGCUGAUGAAUCAUUUAUUGAUAAAGCUUCUAAUAACCAGUAUUCUCCGACAUUAUCUAAUUCUUCUAUGCCUCUAUUUGAAGUAGAUUUUGAAAAUGAAGACCAACAUCAAUCUCAUUACACAAAAAUAGAUAAAAUUAGUACAUCUCAGAAAAAGAUACGCUGGUCACUUUCUCCUCAGGAAAAAAAGAGUUGGUCAUCUCCUAAAAAAAAAGGCUGGUCACCUUCUCCUCAGAAAUUGAAACUGGCAAAAAGUCAACCAAUUACGUUAAAUUCUAAAUUGUCAUUGAAAUCAACAUCCCGAGAAGUUCUUAAAGUUUCAAGCAAUAAACAGUUUCAAUUUAACCAAGAUGAUAGCGAACAAACUGCAAGCAGUGCACUAAAAAAAAAAAAUAGUGGUAUUAAAAAUCCAGUAUCAAGAAAAAUUUUAUUUGACAAUAAAUCAGAUGAUGAACGUGACAUUUUAAAUGAUGACACUGAAAAUGAUAAUCUGGACGAAGUAUUUUUGAAUAGACCAAUAGGACAAAAUACCAAUAAUGGCUCCACAAAAGAAAAAGGUUUGGCUAUACGUAAUACUAUACCUAACCCAACAGAAACGGAUCAUAAUAAUAAAAAUGAUCUAUUGCAAUCUCAAAACCAUUUAUUAAGACAUAUAACAUUUUUAAAAUAUGAGUUGAAACAAAUUUUAAACAAUCAAGCAAUAAUACUCGAUAAAUUUGACCAAAUGGAAAAAUAUUUUGAUCAAAAUUCAUUGAAUAAGAAUGUUAUGGAUAUUGAUAAUGUCGUUGACUUUAGUGACUGUCCUUUACCAAUUGAUAACAUCUAUGAUUUACAAACAUUUGAAGACAAGAUAUCUGGCGAUCAAAAUUAUAAAAAUCAAUUAAUCAUUGAACUUUCUCAUAUGGGAGGAAAAAAUGUAAAAUCAGUGGUCAAAAGACUUAUGUCAAAACUUUUUUCUGACAGUUUGUUAUCAGAGUUCUCCUAUACUGGCAAAAAAGGAAAAAAAAAAUUUUCAAGUUUAUUCAUAUGUUCUGUUAUUUUUGAUGCAAUUAAAAAGCAAAUCAAAUUCAAAACUACUCCACUCAAUGAAGUUGAAGAUAUAAUAAAAUACAUUUUAGCUCAAUCUCCAUUUAACUUGAAAAGACAACUUAAAAAAAACACUGUUCCUAAUUCCAUUUAAAAAUUGAAUA